GAAAACUACAAUUCCCAGAUUUAAUAGUCUCUACUCCGUUGGGAGUCAUAGUUCGACGACAUGCAACAUGGCGGCUUGAUGAACGAACACUAUUCGCAAUCUUCUUGUUUAUAAAAGAUUAAGAUGGCUGGUGAUACAACUGACAAGAAAGAUGCAGCAGAGACCUCAGGAGUCAAAGACCGGGAGCGAAAACGCAGUCGCUCACGAGAACGUGAGCGCAAAGGCUCCCCAUCCAAGGACAGGAAACCACGCCAACGCUCUCGUGAACGUAACAGAUCUAAAUCUGCCGAAAGAGAUCGCCGUCUGAAGGACAAGGAUAGAGAGAAGGAGCGUGACAAGGACAGAGAAAGGAGUCGCAAGGACAGAGAACGAGACAAGGAUAGUCACCGCAGAGACAAAGAUCGCAGCAAGAAAUCCAGAAGUGUUUCCCCGAAGUCCAAGGACAGGAUAAAGAGGGAGAAGGAUUUGAAAAAAGAGGAGGAUGAGGAAGAUGACAAAAAGAAGAAAGUCAAGGUCCAGCCACUCUCUCUAGAGGAACUUCUAGCCAAGAAAAAAGCAGAAGAGGAAGCUGAAGCGAAGCCCAAGUUUCUGUCCAAGGCUGAGCGUGAGGCGGAGGCCCUGAGGCGCAGGGAGCUGGAGAUGGAGGAGAGAAAGAAAGCCAUUGAUGAAGAGCGGAAGAAGAGGAGGGUGUUCCAGGAUAUAGGGAGGAAGAUGAUGGAGGACCCUCAAGAGAGGGAACGCCGGGAGCGCCGGGAGCGGAUGGAGCGAGAAAACAACGGUGACCAGGAGGACGACGGAAGACAGAAGAUCAGAGAGGAGAAGGAUAAAGGCAAAGAGCUCCAGGCCAUCAAGGAGCGUUACCUGGGUGGGACGAAGAAGCGCAGGCGGACACGCCACCUGAACGACAGGAAGUUUGUCUUUGAGUGGGAUGCCUCUGAAGACACGUCUACUGACUACAACCCCCUGUACAAAGAAAAGCACCAGGUCCAGCUCUAUGGCCGGGGUUUCAUCGCUGGGAUCGACCUGAAGCAACAGAAGAGAGAUCAGUCCCAUUUUUAUGGCGACCUGAUGGAGACCAGACGCACAAUGGAGGAGAAGGAGCAAGAAGAGGUGCGUCUAAAGAAGGUGCGUAAGAAGGAGGCCAAACAGCGCUGGGAUGACCGACACUGGUCUCAGAAGAAGCUAGACGAGAUGGCUGACAGGGACUGGCGUAUCUUCAGGGAGGACUACAGCAUCACCACCAAAGGCGGCAAGAUCCCCAACCCCAUCAGGAACUGGAAGGAGUAUGACCUGCCCCCACACAUCGUGGAGGUCAUCGACAACUGCGGCUACAAGGACCCAACUCCAAUCCAGAGACAAGCCAUCCCCAUUGGCUUGCAGAACCGUGACAUCAUAGGCGUGGCUGAGACAGGUAGCGGUAAAACAGCGGCGUUCCUCAUCCCCCUGCUGGUCUGGAUCACCACGCUACCCAAGGACGACAGGAUCGAGGACUCGGACCAGGGUCCGUAUGCUGUGAUCCUGGCCCCAACCCGUGAGCUGGCCCAGCAGAUCGAGGAGGAGACGCUGAAGUUUGGGAAACCUCUGGGCAUCCGCACUGUGGCUGUCAUCGGAGGUAUCUCCAGGGAGGACCAGGGCUUCCGCCUCCGAAUGGGCUGUGAGAUAGUGAUAGCCACCCCGGGUCGUCUGAUUGACGUGUUGGAGAACCGGUACCUGGUCCUGGGCCGCUGUACCUACGUGGUACUGGACGAGGCUGACCGCAUGAUAGACAUGGGCUUCGAGCCUGACGUCCAGAAGAUCCUAGAGUACAUCCCUGUGACCAAUCAGAAGCCAGACACAGAUGAAGCAGAGGACCCAGAGAAAAUGAAGAUGAACUUUGAAAUGGGAAAGCACAAGUACAGACAGACGGUCAUGUUCACCGCGACCAUGCCGGCAGCAGUGGAGAGGUUGGCCCGUACCUACCUGCGACGCCCGGCCGUGGUGUACAUCGGCUCCGCUGGAAAACCCCACGAAAGAGUGGAACAGAAGGUCAUCCUCAUGGGGGAGGGAGAGAAGAGGAAGAGAUUGCUGGAGGUUUUGGCCCGCGGGUUCGAGCCACCCAUCAUCAUCUUUGUCAACCAAAAGAAGGGUUGCGACGUGCUGGCCAAGUCUCUGGAGAAGAUGGGGUACAAUGCUUGCACGUUGCAUGGCGGCAAGGGCCAGGAGCAGAGAGAGUUCGCUCUGUCCAACCUGAAGGCCGGAGCCAAAGACAUCCUGGUGGCCACCGACGUGGCUGGGAGAGGUAUCGACAUCCACGAUGUGUCCAUGGUGCUCAACUACGACAUGGCCAAGAACAUCGAGGACUACAUCCAUCGCAUUGGUCGUACGGGCCGUGCCGGGAAGAGUGGCGUGGCGCUGACCUUCCUCACCAAGGAGGACUCUGCUGUUUUCUACGACCUGAAGCAGGCCUUCCUGGAGAGCCCUGUGUCCACCUGCCCCCCAGAACUGUCCAACCACCCCGACGCCCAGCACAAGCCUGGGACCAUCCUCACCAAGAAGCGACGCGAGGAGACCAUCUUUGCCUGAUGUUGUCCAUCAACUCGUGUGGACAGCUCGCAUGGACCGGCCAGGGACCGGAGUGGUUGCAGAGUGCUUUUACACACCCAAUCUUUUUCUCAUUCUCUCUCGCUCGCUCGCUCGCACACACAAACACACAAUAUUUUUUUUCUUUUUUUUUAUCAUGUCUCCUAAUAUAUCAGUAACUGUUAUUCUAGUCAUCAGGACUUCUUUACAUUUCUCAUCUUCUUUCUUUCUCUGUCUGCCUCAUCACCUUGUUGACUCCUCAUGUCUAGCACCUCCUCUGUUCCUUUGUCUUCUCUCCUACUGUCUCGUACCACCUCAGUUCCUGUCUUCAUUACUCUUGUCUCAUACCUCCUCAGUUCUUAUGUCUUUGCUGUAGUCCGGCCUUUAUAUAAAAUCUUUGAAUGUAUGGAGGGGAAGGUAUCUACAGAAAUUCGUUCUCGAUUUAAAGCUCCAUGUUUCAUCGACCCCCUGUGACCACUCCGGUUCCUAACCCCAAGCAGAACAUUGGUGUAUUUCAUGUUUUUUUUUUUUUUUAAACAAAUGUUUUGAGUUAAAAGCUGAAAUCUGCAUUUAAUUACAUUUGCAUUACCACAAAAGUUACUUCAAAAAACAUAUUGCAAGUUAAAAUCCCUGCCCUCUUUCAUUUCAUCGACAAAAAGAUUCAGUAACAAGAGCUUUUACGUAGCAGAUUUCAGCUUUAACUGUGUUUUGAGAGUAUACAAAUGGUGUAGAGACCAAUACAAUGAAUAUCACUGUCUCCCAGAGAAACCUGAUAGAUGUGAUGUUACUUCAGUCAGUUGGUUAUAAUGAUGAAUAUACUGUAAUAUUUGCUACCGUACAUUAAAUAAAACAAUUAUGUACAACUUU